AUUUCCUGGUGCUGAGGUCCGAUAUAUUUACUUAAGCUGAGACACGCUUUUAGGUAGCACAUGGACAUGUCGUCGUCCACAACACGAUGUCUACGGCAAUCAAGCUGUUUACAAUAUCUGUCUCCAUCAAUUUCUCGGUGCUGACGUUCCACUUCUUACCCGGCGUUGUCGUUCUCAUUUUGAAACGCUUCAGGGAGCGUUGGGUUGCCACUGACCAACUGCUGAAUCUGUGCGACGAAAAACCUUGGUUUGCGGGCAAAUUUUUGGUUGACCAACUAUCCAGUAUCAUUCUAACAAUAACUGCUAUUGUGGUUUUCGCCGUUUCCGGAGUUGUUCAAGACCCUUUUGGAAUGCCUCUCGCGGUACAAAUAGCUGUAGCUAUGGACGUGGGGCACUACUCAUACAAGCUUGCCCAGGACUUUUUACUUCGAAAACAUAUAACAUCGUUUCGCUUCGACGCGCUCCAUCAUCUAGUUGCUAUUAUGACACUAUCGGUAUUUUUAGCUUUCGAAGAAAACGGUCUAAAUUGCUUGGUUGGACUUUUGUUUGAAGGAAACUUGCCGUUUUUUGGAAUUUCGCAACUUUUAAAAACCCUUGAGAUUGAAAGCUGCAGCAGAGUACACGGAGUAAACAAACACUGUGGUUUCAUAUCUACGAUUAUCUUUCGGGGAAUCGUACCCGUUGUAUUUAUAAUUGUUUCAAUGCAAUUUGGCUCUCCGUUCAGCAUGAAUUAUGCCGUGAUCUCGUUUUAUUUUUUAAGUUGUGUGUUUUUCCUAAUUCUGAACAUAUGGGUGAUAAAAAUUUCCUUCACCGGUGUGGUGAAAUACAAUAAAGAGCGUCGGAAACAUCUUAUGGAAAGAGCCCUCAUUGGUCCACGUGGUGCCAACGAUGACGAAUCAGCGGUUGGAGUCGACGGUACUAGUGCGGUCGAGAAAUUCCGAAUACAGACGACACACAAUAACCUUAGGUACAUGAGGCCGUGUGCAAACACAAAUUUGAACACACCGUUCACUGAUUCUGGCAGGGUGUCAAAUAGAACCAUAGGGGCGGUAGCGAAUAUACAAGAAAAACUUUUCCCAGCAGUGCUCAAUAAUGUAAAUGUCUCGGGUAGCAUGGCAGACAGAACCAGCUCAUUAUCCACCGAGUCUGAUCGCAGUAGGAUAUCUUUUUCAUUUUUACCAGAAAAUGUAGUUGAUUCCAGAGACAGUACGCCUGUUUCUUUGGUACCACGGACUGAACUUCAACACCAAUUGGAUGCCAUUAGGGCGCCCCCGGACGGCGAAGAUUGUAAUGACAGGCAACUACUUCCCCGGCAUGGUACGAUGGCAUCGAAAGUUUCUGUGGGGUUGCCGUGGAUAAAGAGAAGUCUUUCUGAAAGCUCGAUUUCCGAGAAAUCGAGUUUGAAAAGUGAGGAACAUUUCUUUUUAGGCGCGACCAGUGCUACGAUGCCAGUAACUUUAUCCCCAGCGCUUCCCUUGGCAGUGCUCUUACCGCCACCACACGUGCGCAUAGACAUGCACCAAAAACAGCCGGCAGAUUCCCAGACAAGCGUAACAGCAUCAUCGUCGUCAGAAUCGAUAUCACAGUCGAAAUCUUAA